AGGGAAGACAUCAUAUCUUGAAACUCUUUGAACAAGCAAGAAAGGCUGGACAAUGAUGGAAAGUUACAUUGGGGACUGCCAAAACAGUAGCAACUGCACUUGCUGCACAUUUGAGGACCCUCUUCUCUCCAACAUACUUCCUUCCGUUCUGAUCAUAAUCUUUGUGUUUGGGACAGUACUGAAUGGCUUUGCUUUGUGGGGCUUUUGCUUUUACAUUAAAGAAUGGAAGUCUAGCACGGUCUAUCUCUUCAACCUGUCAGUAGCAGAUUUCCUGCUCAUGAUUUGCCUACCCUUUAGGACAGACUAUUACUUGAGGAACAUGACCUGGAUCCAUGGAGAUAUCCCCUGUCGGCUGAUGCUAUUUAUGCUUGCUAUGAACAGGACAGGAAGCAUCUUCUUUUUAACUCUAGUAGCUACAGAUCGCUAUAUUCGAGUUGUUUAUCCUUAUAGUAAAAUCAACUUCAUACCAACUAAGCUUGCGGCUGUUAUUGCCUCUGCUGUUUGGCUUGUUACAAUAUUAUUGACUGCCUCCAUUCUCACAAAAGUCUAUACUGGAAGGGACAUGUCAACAAAAGCAUACUGUGACAGCUUUAUGGUGUGUCCUGCAGACUCACGUUGGCGUGAUAUUCUCUUCAUCUUCAAUUUUUUUUUGCCACUUUGCAUUGUUCUUUUCUGUACUGGUUGUAUCAUCUGGAGGCUCAGACAACGAAACUUGGACAAAAAUGUAAGAAUUAGGAAAGCUGUAAAAUGUAUCAUGCUGGUUGGGAUGGUGUUCCUCAUAUGCUACUUGCCAAGCGUGUCAACCCGGAUUGAAGUCUUAAGGAUCCAGGCUUCUUCAGAAAGAAAGAAAUGCAGUGUCUACAGAACCAUUGAUAAUGCAUUUUACAUUACAAUUUGCUUCACGUACAUAAAUAGUAUGUGUAAUCCUUUGGUGUAUUAUUUUUCUAAUCCUUCACUCAGAAAAUUCUAUUUAAAAAUUCUGCAAUGCUCAAGCCAAACAGAGUCAGAAACAGAAACAGGACCAAACGACAAUAAUACCAGCAUGACUCCAAGCAACAACCGGCUCUAGUAGCACACAUGGCCACCUUAUAGAUGCAGUAAUGAUUAAUUAAAGCGGAGGUUCACCCAAAAAUCCACUUUUUGACAUUAGCUGUAGCAUACUGCUAACAU